AUGCUUUUUGUUCCCUCCGUCACUUACAGCUCCUGCUGUCACACCAUGAACUGCAUGCAGCAAACACAGAACUGUGGCGUUGCCUACGACCUUUGCCAACUGAAGUUAGUCAACUUUGAGGCUCAUGAUAACCACCUUUACCAUGAGACGCAGGGGUUCAGCGAAAAGCACCUGGUGGUGCGACGUGGGAAACCGUUCAAAUUCACCCUGAUGUUUGAUGACAAGUGGAGUCCUUACACCGAGAGCCUGGUGCUGGAGGUUCGGCUAGGCAAUAUGGCUUGGAAGGCCCCAGUCCAUUUUGCUGAUGAACAGUUCUGCACCCAGCGUUGGACCGCCAAAAUCUACCCCGGCAACAUGCAUUCUGAGUCGGUCACCAUCCACUUAUGCUCCCCUGUUUUGUCCUCGGUGGGUGUAUACGACCUCCUGCUCCACAUAGAGACCACACAGUACAGGAGGAGCUACGCAGUGGGAGUGUUUGUGCUGCUCUGCAACCCUUGGCUGAUACAUGAUCCGGUGUACAUGCAAGACAAUGACGAAAUACAAGAGUACAUCAAGAGCGAUUAUGGGGUGAUCUUCAUGGGCACCAAUCUAAACAUCUGUCAGCGUCCCUGGUCAUUUGGUCAGUAUGAGCCUGGGGUCCUAGAGGCAUGUCUGAAGCUCCUGCAGAUCAGCCCGCAGCACUUACAUGACAAAUUCAGCGACUACACCCAUCGAGGGGACCCUGUCUACAUUAGCAGGGUGGUCUGUGCUAUGGUGAACUGUCAGGAUGACCUGGGCAUUCUGCAGGGGAAGUGGCAGGGCAGCUGCGAAGAUGGCGUUAGGCCGACAGAGUGGAGCGGCAGUGCUGACAUCCUUCAGCGCUGGGUCUCAUCCAACUUUAGCCCGGUGCGCUAUGGACAAUGCUGGGUCUUUGCGUCUGUCCUCUGCACAGUGAUGAGAGUGCUGGGCAUUCCCUCCAGGGUGGUGACAGUUUUUAAUGCAGCCCAUGACUGUAACGCCAACGGGAAAAUUGAGGAGUAUUACUCAAGCACAGGGGAGAAGCUCAACAUGUCAAGAGACAGCAUUUGGAACUUCCAUGUAUGGGUGGAGUGCUGGAUGAGAAGACCAGACCUCAGUGGAGAGUUUGACGGCUGGCAGGUAGUGGACCCGACCCCCCAGGAGAAGAGUGCAGGGACAUACCGCUGUGGCCCUUGCUCAGUAGCUGCGGUCCAGCACCGCGUCCUUGGCAACGCAUUUGACACGCCGUUCAUAUGCGCCUCAGUUGACGCCGAUGUCGAGCGGUUGAUUGUGCGCAGUGGAGCAGUGGUGUCGAGGAAGGUGGAUAAGGAGGCGGUGGGGCAGCUGAUCUACACCAAGAGCAUCGGCUCGGACGGCCCAGAGAAUCUGACACAAACUUAUAAGAGCAAGAGAUGGAAGUUCCAAUCAAGUCACUCUGAAGGAGACAGGAUGAUGAACCGUUCAUGUCUGAUGCCCACCAACGAAGGAGGAGGAGACAUGAUGAUGAUGAACCGUUCAUGUCUGAUGCCCACCAACGAAGGAGGAGACUCGUCAUCUAGUUUGGAGGUGUCCCUAAAAAUAGAUGGGGAGCCAAUCAUGGGUGAGAGCAUUCGCGUGUGCGUGACGGUCACAAACCAGACAAGCAACCCCAGGGUCCUGAUGGAAUACCUCAACGCUCAGAUUAAAGAGUACAACAGUCACGCACAUGAGAGCUUCUGGAAAACACAUAAGGAGGUGCACCUAAUGCCGCAUGACGUCCUGAAACUCCAGCACACCAUCCCUCCCUCUGAGUAUGAGUUGGCCGUGGCAGGUGACGACAUUGUGAAUCUUGCAGUGGUGAUAGAGGACGUGGGGACUGAAGAAAGAGUCUUGGAUUCACAGGAGUUCAACCUAACCUCGCCAGAGAUAAACAUAGAGAUCGAGGGAGGGGACAGCAUCCAGAUGAGGAGUGAGCACACAGUCCAGGUGUCCUUCACCAACAAGUUCACCAAAGCUCUGCGUGGAGCUGUUCUGACUGUGGAGGGAUCUGGCUUGUUGAAAGGCAAACAUGAGGCCAGCCUGCAUCUUCUAAAGCCAGGCGAGAAGAUAGAGAAGCAGGUGUCCAUCAUGGCCUCCUCACCUGGAACUAAACUGCUGAUGGCUAAGUUCUCACACAGCAACAGCCCCAACGCCGUUUCCAGGACCUUCCACAAAGUCACUGUCACAUAGGGAGCAGUCUGUCCUCCCCAAAGCUUCAUUGAGGAACAACCAGAAACAACGUCUUCUCUUUUUUUUAACUCAUUAUUUUAUCUUAAUCUGUAUUUUCUUCCUCCUUCAGUGAAUACAUCUCAAAUGAAAAUGGAAAGUUCCCGAAGCUGCCCAUAAUCACUAAUACUGAAUAUUUCAUAUAACUUCUAUAUAUGAACGUACAGUAUUUGUGUAUUUUUCGGUACGUAAGACCAUACUUAUACAACGUGUUGGUGGUAAACUAAUAGAUUUAAUCGGUGGGGUAGUAAUCAGUCAUUGAAGACAAAUUACACCGGGGGUGUAGUCGACAUGACACGCAGGUAUAAUCUUUCUGUAUAACCACUUAAAAAGGCUCAAGGAUACGUAACAACAUAGUUUUGUGACAGAACUUUGCACUUCAGCUAUUUGUUUUUGUAAAAAUCUGACAGUCAACUCAACAAAUGUCAUAAAACUUCCCCCUGCGCGUUCCACAGUAUACCCACUAAAAUAAAGCGGACUACACUACUGAAAUUACAUAAAAAUAACACGAUUCGACACUGACGUCUCACUUUAAAUUUUAAAAAAGUACCUUUCAAAAUCAUCCCUCUGUCAGGUGCAGAGGAAUCAAACAGAUUCAGGCUCACCAAAGUCUCCUACAAACAACCAAGUGUUUGUGUCAGGGUUUUAGUAGCAGUUAUUGUGCCGGUUCACUGGCACGGCUUCAUGGGACAUUCUGGAAGUGAGUAAUUAUAAAGAUUUGUUUUCCUGCUAUGACAAGUCAAAACGCCUGGAGCAGGUCACAGUAUCACAAACUAACAUGGGUGUGACACAGCCACUAAUACUAACACAGGGUGUGAACAAAAACAGUUACAAAAGCAAUCCAUUACACAUUUUCAAACAUAUGUUGAGGCAUAAAGUAAGAGAGAUAAAACGAGAAAACAAUCAGCUGUGGACAAAUAUCAGAUUUUAAAAGCUAAAAGCAUUUUUUUUUUUGACAAUUUAAUUUUCAUGGUUAUAAUAAAACGCAUCUCCAAGAUCACUGAGGAAACUCUUUCCCCUGAUGAAGACUGUGAGUUGAAAGCUCUGGGGAAAAAAGUGAGCAGACUUUGCAUUUAUAAGGAGUUUGUCAAAAUGUUAUUAUUAAAGAUUAAUAGCUUUCACACCCCACUUACUGUGUGUCAACUUAUCUGGGUGAAUGUAGCCACACCUUUGGGUGAGAUGACAGGUUGGGGCAAAAAAACUAAAACAAAACAUUCUUUGUAUUUGAGCUCAUCUAAUAUAUAUAUAUAUAUAUAUUUAUAUACACACUGUAACUGAUAUAAAAAAUGGAAAACUUUAGGACACUCAAAAGUAUAAAUAUAAGUUUGACCAAUGAAUAAAAUUUUAUCACAAUUACUCGACCUCCAGUGAACCCUAUCGCACUUCCUGUUUGUCUGGUUAGUGAAUUGACACUAAUGACAGUUGACGCUUAAUCUGCAUAAAUCUGAGAUGUUGUAACCUUUAGUUCCCAGUGAGGUUCAUGCUCCAAAAAACAUUGACCCUACCUUUCCCAUAAUGCAUCUCAAUAGCAAUUGAUAUCUAUAUAAAAAGAAAACAUGCUGUUUAUUUUAAAACUGAUAAAAUUCUAAUAACUGAGAAUGAGAACUGCCAGAAAUCCAGAUAUAAUUUAAGGAGUAUAUUUUCUUAAGUAACCUCAUGUGACCUAUUGAUCCGGUCAGUCUUGAAAGUGGAGAGUCUCGCCAUCCACUGGCUCACACAGAAUCACACAGAGAUUUGCAUAUUAAGUCACGAGCAUCAGCCUGUCCUGACAACACCCUUGGGUGUGCUUCGUUGCCAGUGUUGUUUUGUGAAUUGAUGCCUGUGUUUUACUAGACUUUUCCUGCUGGGUGCAUGACCUGUCUUGUGUUUCCUCUUAUAUCAAUAUGAGAAUAUUCCAAUGAUAAUAGGUGGAUGGCUAAUUUACAGCUUAGGCUGGCCUUGUGCUGCAUUGCUGUAACACAACACCACCAUCAGAUGGCAGCAGUGGAGCAUCCACUUGUAUGUCUGUGUCUGACUUUUUCUUUUUAUUGAGAUCCAGAUAACACAAAUAAAUUCUCUUUAUAUACUUAAUA